CGCGGGUCGUCGCCCAAUUGUGCGAGCGGGCGACGAAAGGGUUUCUCUUGUGGAAGGCCAUGAGCGUGAAGGAAAAAUUGGGCAUUUACGACAACAUCAUUUGUCAACUGGAGGCUCUGAAAGACGAACUAAUCCAGGCCCACGUGGAGAUUGGAAACCCAAUGUACAUGGCGGAAUUCAACUACUAUGGAACUCUGGACAAUAUUCGCCACUACCGGUCAAUUCUGGACACGAGGCCCGCCGGAAAAAUGCCUGUUCAGAACGUCAGCUCACAGAGUACUGACGAAAUCUCUAUGGUGGUCAACGAACCGUUCGGACCAGUGUUGAGCAUAGCCGCGUGGAAUGCGCCGCUGAUUCUUGCCGCGCGCGCAAUAUUUGCUCCACUCACGGCGGGAUGCUCGGUAAUCGUCAAGUCCAGCGACCUGUCUGCCAGAAUCGCGCAUCUCAUCGUCCAGGCAUUGCUGGACGCUGGAGUCCCCAAAGACGUGUUGACGUUGGUGCAUUGCGAGUCGUCAAGAUCCAAGGAGAUAGUUGAAGCGCUCAUCGCAAACAGAAACGUGAAAAAGGUCAACUUCACCGGGUCCACCCGUGUUGGCUCCGAAAUAGCAGCCGUGGCAGGAAAACAUAUCAAGCCCGUGCUGCUGGAACUCGGCGGAAAAAACUGCUCCAUCAUCCUGGACGACGUCGAAGACCUUGAAAAUGCUCUUCGGUCCAGCCUGUGGGCCAGCUGGGCCCACAAGGGACAAAUCUGUAUGUGCACAGACCUGAUUUUCGUCUCAGAAAAAAAAUAUCCACAGACUGUCAAGAUUCUCCAGAAAAUUGCAACCGAAACCAUCGCCAACGACAAAACCUUGGCGAUGCCACAAAGAACGGCUGCCCACGCGGAGUCGGGGAAAAAACUGAUCAGCGAGGCGUUGCAACAGGGCGCAAAGUUGCUCGCUGGCACCUUAGAUUUUUCUGCCACCAACAAGUUCGCCCCGGUCAUUCUCACGGACGUCACGCCGGAAAUGAAGAUAUAUACCACAGAGACUUUUGCGCCAGUUGUGUGCUUGGUGAAAUACAAAGACGUGGCGUCGGUCGCGGACAAGGUCAAUGCGCUGGACCACGGGCUAAAGUGCUCUAUUUGGACCAGCCAGGGUCUCGCAGCAUACAAACUGGCCGGCCAGAUAGACUGCGGAUCUGUCCAUGUGAACAGGCCGACCGUCCUGGAUGAGCCGCACCUUCCUCAUGGCGGCACCAACAAGUCCGGCUACGGCAGGUUCAACUCUCACUGGGGGGUUUCUGAGUUCCAGUAUCCUAAACUACUCACCAUCAAAGUGUGAUUACAUAAGCACGAAAAAUGCUAAAAUAUCAGACGAUUGGGUGUGCAAAUAAAUUAAAUGCUUUUUAGAAGACCGAUUGGACGGGCCUGUGUGCGGCCUAUUUUUGCGCCCACCACGGCUGUUAGAGGCUUUCAGUCCGUGUACCAUGUGGAGAGUCCGAUCAUAGACGACUCAAAACUGGAGAACAGGAUUCUGGGCCGCGCAUACAACAAGUUUGUCCCCACGCACGGCUUCACAAAGCAGUCUGUGGACCUAGCCAUUGCUGAUUUGCAAUUGAGGCCGGAGAACCUUGGAGGGCUGUUUGGAAUAGGAUUACAGGUUUCGGAUGUGGUCAAUGAGCUGAUAAUGUACCAUCUGAAGCACACUAGAGCCAAUUUGAGCAGGUACCACGACGAGGCCGGGAAGCUGGCCACCGAGGGAGCAAAAGUGCGGUUUUACAUGCAGAAGAGGCUGCUGGACAACGUGCCGAUUAUCAAGUAUUACCACCAGGCACUCGGGCGCAUGAUUUUGCCCACGAACCUGGGCAUCUUUCUGACAGAGCUACACAAUCUUUCGGACGACAUCACGUACUACUCAGGAGACAAAUCGAACGAUUUUGCUUGGUAUUCCAAACGGUUUGCUCUUUCAAGCGUCUUUGUGCAAUCAGAGCUGUUUAUGCUGGGCGACACCACGCCCGACUAUUCUGCUACUAUCAGUUUCAUGAACGAUAGAGUGUCCGACAUCGACACGCUUGGAUAUGCGUACAAUUCGAUGAAGGAGUGGGCGAUUUUCAACGGAAUCAGUCUUGUCAACCUCAUCAAAAGCCAGUUGGCGCGGGGGUGAACUUAUUCAGUGAUAUAUAGGCAUGAUCAUGCGCUUUGAGCACUCAUUAUUACACCCUGUAAUUUGGAGAGGUCUUGCUGGCGCUGCUGAAUUUUCUCCUCAACACGCUUGAUGUCGCUGCUAAUAAACUCAAUUCUCUUGUCGACGUUCAGAUUGGCCUCUGCGUUGUCCUGCGGCAGCAAAACAGGCCCCACAAGCUUGUAGAUUUUGGCGUCGUCGUCAAGGGUGUCGAACUCCUGUUUGACAAUCUUGUUCUCCUGGAAUUGCGUCUCAAGCUUCUGUCUGGCUCGCACAAGCUCUGUAAGCUCGG